AUGGACACCGCAUGCGCCGUCUGCAAAAAAUCGCCUCCCGAGGUCACUCUCAAGCGCUGCGCAAGAUGUUCCACGACUCCGUACUGCUCUAGGGACUGCCAAAAGGCAGAUUGGAAGUCCCACAAGAAGAUCUGUAGCAGCCAGGCACAGGCCAAGCCAUCAUCGGCCGACAAGCUGUCACCCCCGAAAGGACUGGAAGGAGGCGUCGCCAAGCCAUUCACUCGCCUCGAUAAUGGCACUUGGCUGCAUGACCGAUCGGAGAAGGACGUCUACAUGCUCCUCAUCGAUGCUUACCGCCUAAACGUCGACGACAUGUACAACCUUGAAGGCGAGGUGGAUGAUGACAGCCUCUACUCCGGCGCGCCCGACGGACUGCUUGGCUUCCAGCGCUUCCUGCGCCGCGCCGCGUCUCGUCGCGGUCUGCUACCGCCGUGGUGGGAUGCUUCCAAGAGGAGGGAUUGCGAGGCGUUUGGUAUGACUCCGCAGGAGGGCAACUACCGGGCAUACCUGGAAUGCGCCGUGGAAAAGAGCGACAUUAUUGAAAAGUACGGCGACUCCCAAUUCCCCAUGCAGCUCCGCAUGUUGUCCGAGGCAGUGAUUGGGCGAGUUCCGGGCGGCUCAGACGGCAAGGCACUCAGAAAGCUGUUUGCCGGAAUGGAAGGAAUGGAACACGCUGACGCAGAGGGCAUGCCAUUCAGCAUUUUGAAUGCAGGGACCUUUUUUCGUAGCUAG